CCUCACUGGGUGCCAGCCAGCCUCUAUACACUGCUGCAAGCUCUGCUGCAGCGCACCAGAGUGGAGCUGGAGAGGAGCAAACAAGAGAAGCAUACGGGAGAGGAGAAGAGGAGGAGGUGGAAGGACAGCACGGCCACCCAACGUACGGUAUUACUGCUGCAUCUUGUCGCUUCAACAUGCCUCUGGGAAGUAAACGACUCAGUGGGAUUAUUGUACUCAUCGCCUCACUGCUGCCUGGCUUUUAUGGGACAGAUGGAGAAGAGCAAUGUGACAACCCGCUGGUGUCCAGUCUGCCAUCAUCAUCAUUCAGAAGCUCGUCUCAGCUGUCCAACAGUCAUGGACCAGUCUUUGCUAAAGUCAACAGGAGAGAAGGAGCUGGAGGCUGGUCUCCUUUGUUCUCAGACAAAUACCAGUGGUUGGAGGUGGAUCUGGGGAGGCGAACGCAAAUUACUGCUGUUGCCACGCAGGGUCGCUAUGGCAGCUCUGAUUGGCUGACAGCCUACUUGUUGAUGUUCAGCGACACAGGACACAACUGGAGACAGCAUCGGCAGGAAGACAGCUUAGGGGCUUAUCCAGGCAACAGUAAUGCUGACACUGUGGUCAAGUACAAACUGGAGCAGCCAGUGAUCGCUCGCUAUCUUCGCUUAAUCCCUCUGGACUGGAAUCCUACUGGGAGGAUUGGACUCAGACUGGAAAUAUAUGGCUGCAGAUAUACAUCUGACAUCGCAAGCUUUGAUGGCAGCAGCAGCCUAGUCUACAGACUGAGCAUCAGACCGAGCUGGACAGCGAAGGAGAUCAUCUCUGUUAAGUUUAAAACCCUAAAAAAUUCAGGGACGCUGCUGCAUGCAGAAGGACAGAGAGAUCACAGCCUCAAUCUCGUGCUGGAGAAGGGAAAGCUGCUGCUCUACCACCAACAAGGUGUGAGCUCAUCCUCUGGAGGUCAGCUUCUUAUUUCUCUGGGUAGUCUACUUGAUGACCAACAUUGGCACCAUGUAAAGCUGGAGCGGCUUAGCCCCCACCUCAACCUCACUGUGGAUAAAAACACACAGCAGGUUCAAUUACCAUCAGAGCUCAACCACUGGCACAUUCACACGCUGAGUCUGGCAGCUGUACAGAGCCAUGGACUGCAGAAACCCAUCCUGCCCAACAGGAACUUUCAUGGCUGCAUUGAAAACCUACUAUACACUGACCUCAAUCUGAUUGACCUGGCCAAAAGGAACAGCCCUCAAGUCACUGCCAUGGGCAAUGUGACCUUUUCUUGUGCCGAGCCGGUUUCCGUCGCUGUGACGUUUACUGACACCCACAGCUUCCUCCAGCUGCCUGGACCACCAUCGUGGACAUCAGGGGUAGUUUCUAUAACAUUACAGUUCAGGACGUGGAACAAAGCAGGGGUUCUCCUGACAUUUGACCUCCCGCUGCAGAAUGGCUCUGUCUUCCUGUAUCUGAGUGAAGCCAGGCUUCGUCUUCAGAUCAGUCAAGUUGACAGGACGCUCCUGGAGCUUAGCACAGGUUCAGUUCUGAAUGAUGGUCAGUGGCAUUCGGUGGAGCUGACAUCAAAACAAGACCAUCUGAGUAUCACAGUGGAUAAAGAUGAAGGAGCCACUGCUCACACCAACAUCCCACUUCCUCUAACCUCAGACAGUCAACUGUUCUUUGGUGGUUGUCCUGCUCAGAGAGACAGUCAGGAGUGCAAAAACCCUUUCAAUGUGUUUCAAGGAUGUAUGCGUCUCUUGACUCUGGACAAUCAACCUGUCGAUUUUAUCAAAGUGCAGCAAAGACUGCUGGGAAAUUACAGUAACCUGCAGAUUGAUAUGUGUGGCAUCAUUGACAGGUGUUCCCCCAGUUACUGUGAACAUGGAGGUAGAUGCACUCAGUCAUGGAGCACUUUCCACUGUAACUGCACCAACACUGGCUACAGAGGAGCCACCUGCCACAGCUCAAUCUACGAACAGUCAUGUGAGAUGUAUAAACACAAAGGCAGUACAUCUGGAUUCUAUCAUAUAGAUGUGGACGGUAGUGGACCAGUCAAAUCCCAGCUUGUUUAUUGUAACAUGACAGAGGACAAAACAUGGAUUGUGAUACAGCACAAUAACACAGAGCUGACCAGAGUUCAGUUUUCUCCUGAGAGAAGUCAACACUUUGCCCACUUUGACUACUCUUCUGAAGAGGAGCAACUAGCAACCAUCAUCAGUCAGUCAGAGUACUGUGAGCAGGAGUUAUUCUACCACUGUAGGAGGUCUCGCCUCCUCAACACUCCUGAUGGUUCUCCAUUCAGCUGGUGGGUGGGAGGUCCAGAUCCAAGUCAGAUCCAGACAUACAGCAGUGGAGCUCUAUCUGGCAGCCGGCAGUGUGCAUGCGGUCUGCAGGACAACUGUCUGGACUCAAGUUACUACUGCAACUGUGAUGCUGACUAUGAUCAAUGGACCAAUGACUCUGGCUUGCUGACCCAUAAGGGCAGCCUCCCAGUAAGGUCUCUUGUUCUGGGUGACAUCCAGCAGCCAGGGUCAGAGGCAGCCUACAGGGUGGGGCCCCUCCGUUGUCAUGGUGACAAGAACUACUGGAAUGCUGCAUUUUUUGACAAGGAGACAUCCUACCUUCACUUUCCCACCUUUCACGGAGAUCUGAAUGCAGACAUCUCUUUUCUGUUUAAAACAACAUUUUCAUCUGGAGUCUUCCUUGAAAAUCUGGGCAUCAAUGACUUUAUACGGAUAGAACUCAGUUCUUCUACAGAGGUCAUCUUCUCUUUUGAUGUUGGAAAUGGACCUCUGGAGGUACGAGUUGAAACAAGCCUCCUGCUGAACGACAACCGGUGGCACAGCGUGAGAGCUGAACGUAACGUAAAGGAGGCAUCGCUACGUGUUGAUCAUUUCCCUGCUGCCACACAGGAAGCUCCUGCUGAUGGACACAUUCAUUUACAGUUAAACAGCCAAUUAUUCAUAGGAGGCACUGCAUCGAGACAAAAAGGAUUUUUGGGCUGCAUCCGCUCACUGCAGCUGAAUGGCAUUACCCUGGACCUGGAGGAGAGGGCAAAGAUCACCCCCGGAGUCCAGCCUGGCUGCCCGGGCCACUGUAGCAGUUAUGGCACACUCUGCCAGAACCAGGGGCAAUGUGUGGAAAAAACAAAAGGUUUCUCCUGUGACUGCAGCCAGUCUGCCUACACUGGAACAUUCUGCCAUAAAGAGGUUUCAGCCAGCUUUGAAUCAACAACUUCUAUCACCUACAUCCUCAAGGAGCCACAUGAGCUGAGCAGAAAUACAAGCACCCUGCCUUCAUCCAUCUUCUCAGAUGUCACACUAAGAGGAGAAAACAUCUCUCUGAGCUUCAGGAUCAUUAAAAGUCCUGCCCUGCUGCUCUACGUCAGUUUUUUCUACAGAGAAUACCUGAUCCUGCUUAUCAACAAAGAUGAUGAGCUAGAACUGAGGUACAAAUUGCACAGCAGUAGAGAUGUCGAGGUGUUAACCAGCACUGUCAUGGACUUGGCUGAUGGCAGUCUGCACACAGUAACCAUCCAUCGAAAUACAGAUGCUGUGUCUGUGCAGAUUGACCAAAAUGCUGUAGAGGAAUUCAACUUGACAUCCAUUGUGGAAUUCAAGAGCAUCAAAUCACUCAUUCUGGGCAGAGUUCAGGAGUCUGAUGGAUUGGAUGCAGAGCUGGCUGGGCUGACUUCUCUAGGGCUCACUGGCUGCCUGUCAGGUGUUCGAUUUAACUCCAUCUGCCCUCUGAAAGCAGCUCUGCUCAAUGCUGACAGCCAUAUUAUUGUCACUGGCCCACUAGUACGAUCAAGCUGUGCUUUCUCCUCUUUAGUUGAUCCCUACGCAGCAGAAACAACUCACUCCAUAUCAGACCAGCCUGACUUAGUAGAUCCAGGUCAGCCUUUAGUCAAUGCCAUCAGUAAUGACUCAGCUCUGAUUGCAGGCAUGAUCGCCGUGGUGAUUUUUGUCACCGUGACUGUAUUGGUGUUUAUGGCCAGAUUCAUCUGCAGCAGGAAAGAGACAUAUCGUAAUCAAGAAGUCAAAGCAACAGAGCCUGAAGACACUCGUGAAUUCCCUUUUAGCAGCCAGGCAAAUUCCCCAAGUGUUCCCAGUGAAAGCCAAGGGGAGUUCUUCAUUUAGCAGGAGCCCGUCUGGACAGAAUGCAACGAACUUGCCAACCAGUGCUUUACAGGAUGCCACAGAUGAUUUUUUUUCUUCUUGUUCUUUUUCCCCACAAGACAUUUUGUACUUUGCCAGAUGUGUUUUACACCAGCAAGCUUUAUUGGAAGUUGGCAAUACUGUCAUUUUAUGAUGUAAAUAUUUAAAAUGUACAGUGAGUUGUGAUUUGUGUGUUUAUGAAUAUUUCCUGUGCCAUUUUUAAAUGUUACAAAUAAGUUAUUAGAGAGAACAAUGAGGAACAGAUGUAAUUAUUAAAAAUCAAUCUUACGUUAUUUCUUAGAAGCACUUUUAAGUGAGAAAUAUGAAAAUUUGUAACUUUUAAAAUCUGAGAUGUCAGAGCUAUAAAUGUACAGGAAGAAGAACUUCAGUAUCUAGAGAAUUGAUAUGUGAUGUUGUGAGGUUCACACAAAAGAGCUCAGACAAUGGAUGGUCCCAGACUCAGAUAAAAUUAAUUUGUUUUUGCCAAAUCCAAAAGAAUCUAACACUGUA